ACCUCCUAUCAGGAGCUCAAAACAAUAAACCAGAAGCCCGAGUAGCAGCAGUGGCAGCAAGCGAUAGGACUAAAGCAGCUCCGUGCUCUCAGUCCUUUAGCUAAAAGGAGAAGGGUCAGGACUGGAGCCUGACCAAGCGCUGACACCGCGCGGACGAUGCUGCUGCUGACUGAUGCUUAGGCAGCUACGGCUAGUGAAGCUGAGGCUGCUGCCACGGCUAAAGCUGCUGCCGCUGCUGACCCUCUUCACAGCUUCCUCAGAUGCGCUCCCGGGGAUUCAGACGCGCAGGCAUUGUUCUGAUUCACUGAACUAAGCGAACACGCCGGGGCACUCUCCGGCGCACCGCCCCCACCUCCUUCCUCCACCCCACUCCUCCCUCUCCCCUCCUCUGCGCCCCCAGAUGUAUGAUGGGGAUUGUAGUUCUCCGCUUUACUCCAGCGAAGAGACUGGGCUUUCUCGCGAUUGAGGAGGGGCUUAUGGAGGUCCCUCCCACUUUCCUGGUUCGGUGCUAUUGAAUAAGAGCUGUUUGUGGCUACGUCUGGGAGUGGAGGGAAGGCUGAAUUUGAGGUGUGUUUAGAUGUAAACUAGUUCCUGGGUUCCUAUUAGAAUAGACCCCCCCCCCCCAUUCGUCCUCCCAAAUACCCAGAGGAAUGGCUUCUUCGGGGACUGAGGGGGCUGAAACUGGAGAAGAUGGUGUUGGCAGCAGCAGCAGCAAAUUCAGUAAUACAGACAGUAGGGAUUGUAUCUUGGAACCUCUCUCCCUGCCAGAAAGUCCAGGUGGCAUCACCACUUUAGAAGGUUCCCCAUCUGUGCCUUGUAUCUUCUGCGAAGAACAUUUUCUUGAACAAGACAAACUUCUGAAGCACAUGAUUAUUGAGCACAAGAUUGUCAUAGCUGAUGUCAAGCUGGUGGCUGAUUUCCGAAGGUAUGUUUUAUACUGGAAGAAAAGAUUCACUGAGCAGCCUAUCACAGAUUUCUGUAGUGUGAUAAGAACCAAUUCCAAAGCUCCAUUUGAAGAACAAGACAAUUAUUUUUUAUUAUGUGAUGUUUUACCAGAAGAUAGAGUUCUUAGAGAAGAACUACAGAAACAGAGAUUGAAAGAAAUCCUAGAGCAGCAACAGCAUGAAAGAUAUGAUACCAACUUCCAUGGAGUAUGUAUGUUUUGCAAUGAAGAAUUCACAGGAAACAGGUCUGUCCUUUUGAACCACAUGGCAAGAGAACAUGCUUUCAACAUUGGACUGCCAGACAAUAUCGUACACUGUAGUGAAUUUCUGGAUAUAUUACAGAAGAAGCUUGACAACUUGCAAUGUUUGUACUGUGAAAAGUUCUUCAGAGACAAAAAUACACUUAAGGAUCACAUGAGGAAAAAGCAACAUCGAAGGAUCAAUGCUAAGAAUAGAGAAUAUGACCGAUUUUAUGUCAUUAAUUAUUUGGAGCUUGGAAAGUCCUGGGAAGAAGUUCAGUCAGAAGAUGAUCGGGAGCUGUUAGACCAUCAGGAAGAUGACUGGUCUGACUGGGAAGAACACCCUGUCUGUGCCGUUUGCUUGUUUUGUGAAAAACAAGCAGGUACUACUGAAAAAUUACAUACCCAUAUGGAGGAUGCACAUGAAUUUGAUCUUCUGAAAAUAAAAUCAGAACUUGGAUUAAAUUUCUACCAGCAAGUGAAGCUGGUCAACUUCAUUCGGAGGGAAGUUCACCAGUGUCGAUGUUAUGGCUGCCAUUUAAAAUUUACAUCCAAAGCAGAAUUAAUAAAUCACAUGGAGAAGGUCAAGCAUAUAUCAGUGCUUCCUGAAAGAACCACAUGGGAUCAACCACAGUAUUACUUUCCAACCUAUGAAAAUGACAGCCUCCUUUGUGCGCUCUCUGACAGCGAAGGUGACCUGAGUGCUGAGGGCCUGAAGGAAGAUGACAUCCCCAUCAUCAGUGAGGAUGUGUCCCGUCUCCAGGCUCUGAAACAAAGCAGUGUUUUGAACCAGUUGCUACAAGAAGGCUCAAAAAAACAGAGGAAACUAUAGCUGCUGGCUUUUAAACCCAAACACAGAAGGACAGUUCAGAUUUCAACAUAGGAUUUAAACCUAAAAAGGACCUUGAGGAUCAACUCAUCCAACCCCCCUCAUUUUAGAGAUGAAAAAGCCCCAAAAAAGGGUUUCUGCUUUACCCUGGAGAAUACCAGGAGUAACUAGCAGAACCAGUAUUUGAACUCAUGUUCUAAGAUUCCAACAUAAGAGAUCAAUCAACAAAGAAGAAUUUUGAUCCAGAAUUGAGCAGGUUAUUAUUUGACAUAAGGUCACCUACUAGGGAGAAUGAAGUUCGGACAACUCAAAUGUAUUUAUUGUUUUACAAUGCUUGUAACUUCUUCAUAAACAAUUCUGAAUAAAACUCCCAUCUAAAUCAUUCUGUAAAAUUGUAGCUUUUCACAGUGUAUGUACCAAGCUUUUGGGAAGAUGACUGAAGGCACAGGGCACUCCUGGAAUUAAAGCAUAGGAUAAAAAUCUCCCAUCUCCACACCUUUGACCAAACAUUCCCUCAAAUUAAAAUAUAUUUCUUCCUUCUCCCCUCUGCCUCAAAGAAUCCUUAGCUUUCUUCAAAGAUGAGCUCAAGUGACACCUACAGGAAAUGAGAAAAAGCAAAUCUUUUUUGUACCCACUUCAGGAACAUAUUUUUUAUGUUUCCACAAAUGUGUAUUGACUUGCUCUCAUCUUAAAGGUCAGAACCUUUAAGUUUUUGACUUGCAUUUAAAGCUUAUAAAAUAUGGAUCCAACCUACCUUUAUACAAUGAUUUUUAAUUAAUUAAUUUGUCACAUUAAAAAUACCCAGUUAACUCCCUCUUCUUUCCACAUGGCAGAAUGCAUCAUUUGACCAAAAGAUUUGUGUAUAUAUAAAGCUAUCUUACUUAUUUCUAUUUAUGAGUUCUUUCUCUGGAGGUGGAUAUACCCAAGUCAUUCUUCAAACAAUGUUUCUGGUCCUGUAUAUAAUGUUCUCUUGGUUCUAAAAUAAUUUCCUCCCUCCACUCUCUCUGUCUCUGUCUUUUUCUGUCUCUGUCUCUGUCUUUUUCUGUCUCUGUCUUUCUCUCUGUCGCUUUCUCUUUCUCCCUCCCUCUAUCUGUCUCUGUCUGUUUCUCUUUCUCUCUCUCUCUCUCUCUCUCUCUCUCUCUCUCUCUCUCUCUCUCUCUCUCUCUCUCUCUCUCUCUCUCUGUCUCUUUCCCUCCCUCCCUCUCCUCCCCUGAUUCUCUGUCUCUCUGUCACUUUCUCCCCCACCCCCACCCUGUCUCUCUCUCUGGCUGACUGUCUCUGUCUCUCUGUCUCUCUCUGUCUCUCUCUGUCUCUGUCUCUGUCUCUCUGUCUCUCUCUCUCUCUCUCUCUCUCUCUCUCUCUCUCUCUGUCUCUCUGUCUCUCUCUGUCUCUCUCUCUCUCGUCUUGUCUCUCUCCCUCUCCCCCCAACACAACAUUCCAUCUCCCACCUCCAUCCCUCUUCCUUACCAAAGUUCAGCUUAAUUACUCCCUCCUCCAAAUAGUCUUUUCUGAUUUCAUCCCAGUUGUAAAUGGCCUCCCACCCAACCCCUGAAAUAGUUUCAUAUAUUUACUGUAGGUAUCUUUUCAUGUUUUGGUCUGGACGUGUGUUGUUUCCUCUCAGUAGUAUAAAAGCUUGAAAGCAAUGUUUAUCUCACUUUUCUAUUUGUCAUCCCAGCACCUAUGUGGCUCAUAUGUAGUAGUUACUUAAUAAAUUCUUUUUGAAUCUUGCUCUAGAGUCAGAAUACAGCAAUAUACUUCAUAAAUGUUUUCUUCUAGACCCAAGAGCUAUGAUGCUGGAAGGGAUAUGGUUAUCUCUAGUUUUUCAGUAUAGGUCCAUCCAGUGGAAUGUCUUUGUUACAAUGUUUUCUAGGAUGCCUUUGCUUCAGUGGUAUGCUUACAUUUGGGAAAUUUUUAAAAGUCUUGUAGGAAAACAGGCUGCCUACCUGGGUACCGAAAGCCAAAUGAUUCAUAUCCCCAGAGAAAAUAAUUGUCUCCAUUACUCCAACACUAAUCUUACUUGGAAUUUGAUGUAGGUUUUAUUUUGGCCUACAUGUCAUUGUAGAAAGACACAAAGAAGAAGAUUAUGACAGACUUUAGAUGCAAGCAAAAAAAAUGUUUUUAAAAGUACAAUUGUCUUUGUAAAGAGUUAUUUCUUAAAUUUAUGUAAAUUAUAAGAUUUCUAAGCAAUACUAAAUAGCGGAACCCCCUCACCUAAUUUUGCAUAUUUUCAGAAUUUUCCAUGACACUAAAAUAUUUUUUGAAGACAGUAAGUUAAUACGUGAAAUACUCAUUUAUAUCCAUGGAAGAAGUUUUCAUACCAUGAGUUUCCCACAUUUAUGAAAUCACAGAUUGGUGGCGCCAAAAAAAAUGCUUUUCUUUGUACUAUUUGUUCAGUAAUCAAGUAUUUUUGGAUUCAAACAUUUGAUAGUUUCCUGAUCAUGAUACUCUGAACCAAUGUUUUUAUAGGGGAAAAAAAUAGUACUAAGACUUCUUAUAGAAUGGUUACACUUUACCCAUUCUGACUAGGCUUUCUUUUUUUUUUUUUUUAACCCUUGCCUUCCAUUUUGGAGGCAAUUGACUCCAAGGCAGAAGAGUGGUAAGGGCUAGGGAAUGGGGGUUAAGUGACUUACCCAGGGUCACACAGCUGGGAAGUGUCUGAGGCCAGAUUUGAACCUAGGACCUCCCAUCUCUAGGCCUGGCUCUUAAUCCACUGAGCCACCCAGCUGCCCCCCCCUGACUAGGCUUUCUAAAUGCCUCCCAUCCCAAGAGUAUGUUGGAUCAAAAGGGAAAAAAUCCCUGACUCAGGAAUUAUUUCAUUGUCCUGUUGGCACACAUUUCCUGUCCUGCUGAUUUUAACAGUCGGUAACUGAAGAGAAAACUCAACAGAUCCUCAUUAUUCAGCAGAAAUAUAUAUUGAAAAAGUAUUUGCAAAAUCAACUAUUUGCAAAGUCCAGUAAUGUGGGGAAUACAAAGCUAUAUGUCAUGGUCCCUGCCCUCAACGGGUUUACAAUGUAGUAAGAAAGAUUUGCUGUCCAAUAACAGACUUUCUGUCCAAACCUUAUUUAGCUAUUCACCACCUCCAUACCUACACUAUACUUACACUGCAGUGAAUUUUUUUGGAAAUUUUUCAUGGAAACUUUCUUGAAUUUUUUGUUGGAAAAGGUGAGGGACUUUUCCAUAAAAUAACCUUAUGAUAAGUAUAUAUCUUUCCCUAGAAAUCAUAAUAUUAAUCAACUGUAAACGAUCUAACUAUAGUAUAAACUCUGCCUCAGAUUUCUCCCCAUUCUAAUCCAUUAUACAGCUGCCCAAAUGAUUUUGCAUAAAUAUAUAGCUGACCAUGUCAUGCUCCUUCUCAAUUCCUCUGGCUCCCCAUUUGCUCUAGAAUAAACUCUGGCUUUUAAAACCUUUCACAACAGACUAGCUGCAUCCUUUCUUUCCAGCCUCAUUAUGUAUCAUUACCCUUCCUCCUCACCCUGUUCCUCACACAUGAAGUUCUAUCCCCAUCUCCCAUACUUGAAACGCUUUCAUUCCUCACCCUCUACCUCAUGGAAUCCUUUUCCUCUAAGAUGCAGCUCAAGCCGCCACCUUCUAUAUGAAGGGUUCUUAAGUUGGGAUUUGUCCAUUUUUUCUAUAAAUAGUUUUAGAAUUAUGCUUCCUUAUAACAGGUUACCUUUAUAUUUCCCUUAUGUAUUUUACACACACAAAAAGGUAUCUUAUACAUUUAAAAACAUUAUUCUGACAUGAGGUCUAUAGGCUUUACCAGACUACCAAAGGACUAUGGUACAAAAAAAAAUUAAGAACCCCUGGGUUACUCGAUGCUCCCAAUGGCUAAUACUCUUCUUGCCCAACUACUUUUAUUUAUUUUGUAUAUGUUCUGUAGAUAUUUAUUCUAUAUAGACUUGUGUAUGUACGUGUAGUCUUCCCUCCAGAAGAAUGUAAGCUCUUGAGAGGAAUCAUUUCAUUUCCUAUAUUUGUUUUCAUAUUUGUUUUCAUAGUUAGUUUUCAUGAUGCAAAAUAAAUGCUUCUAGAAUGAUUAAUAAAUUCUAAAGUAAUAA